UCUAACCCAAAAAUUGAAGAGGGUCCCAUGGAAGAAAGUCAAAAAGAGGGAGGAAAACCCCAAACCUAAUCCUUCUCGGAUUGGGUGAAUCAACUAUCGAAGUCGUGGAAGCAGAGAGAAAAAGAAGCUGUUGAGAGAAGAAGUGAAUUCCAAGGAGGAAGAAAUUGAGAAUGUUAAGAGCUUCACCAGCAGCAUUCACUACUCUCAGACAAUCUCUACUUCCUACUCUUUCGCUUUCUUCUUCGUCUUCUUUCCUUCACAAAUUCUCCACUUUUGCGUCUUUUUCUUCCUUUCCCCCCAAUUCCCUCGAACCCAAUUCGCUUCGUCUUUCUUCUCUCUGCUUCAGGCGGCCCCCGUUUUUGAUGGAUCCUCCAUGCCCUAGAGGAACGGCAAGAGCUUCCUUUAGUGCUGAGGGUUGCUCAAAAGGCGAGAGGGAAGUACUGGUGCAGCACUUGCUUGUUAAAGAAGAUGGCCUUAAUCUUUUGUUGGAUAUUCAACAGCGUGUUGAAAAAGGAGAGGAUUUGAGUGACCUUGCAGCGGAGUACUCGAUAUGUCCGUCCAAAGAAGAAGGGGGAAUGCUAGGAUGGGUCGGAAAGGGGCAAAUGGUACCAGAAUUUGAGGAGGCUGCAUUUGAUGCUCCUCUGAAUAAAGUCGUGAAAUGUAAAACUAAAUUUGGGUGGCACUUGUUGCAAGUUUUGUCUGAGAGGGAAGAAUCAAUGCUUCAAGACAUCCCACCUGCUGAACUUCAUGUUAAAACCCAAGACCCCAAUUUUGUUGAAGAGGCCCAAUUGAUUGAUGUUCGAGAACCUGAAGAAGUGGCCCAAGCAUCUUUGCCAGGUUUUCAAGUGCUUCCUCUCAGCCAGUGCGGAGGCUGGGGGCCAGUAAUAAUGACCAAGUUUGAUCCUCUGAAGGAUACUUAUGUUAUGUGUCACCACGGCUUGAGGUCCUUACAGGUUGCCAAGUGGCUGCAGACUCAGGGUUUCAGGAAAGUUUUUAAUGUUGCCGGAGGAAUACAUGCAUAUGCUACCAAGGUUGAUCAAUCAAUCCCAACUUACUGAAAAGAGAAUCUCGUUAUCUAUCAUUGAAGUCAGAUCCCUAGUCUUCUGUCUUGAAACAAGAUAAGUUAUGUGCCUUGCCAGGGGAGUUUUUGGUGUGAUGCAUGUCCCCAGAUGUAGUCUUUUUGUGGGGCUUCCUCAGAUUUGGUCAGUCUUUUGGUAGUUAAAUUCAUGAGGAAGAAAGUUGAGCAAUGUUAAUCCGGGUGUCAUGGAUGGUUAGUGAAGUUUUAUUUAGCAAUAGCACACUUUAUUGCUAACAUGAAAGCAGAUUUAGUCAUAACAAUAAGGUAUAAUAUUUUCUUCAAUGACUUUGUCAACUUAAAGGUAGCAUAAAAGGAAAAGAAAUUAUGUUUGA